AUGCCUCGGAUCGAUUGCACGAACAUCCAGAGAUGGGCUCCAGUGCGAAAGGAUCAUGAUCUUGACGUCGGAUCGUUCAAGGUCGACGACCUGCGCAUUGAGCCAAGCAAGAUCCCGCUUAUGCGCCAGGUUAUGCUUACCGACAUCCCAGUCACUAGUUUGGAAAAAGUCGUUGAGCCUCAUGCUGACAGCCAUUUGAUCUUCGACCGGGAUGGAAGAAAAGAGGCUACAACCCAGGAUAGCGACGUUCGUGCCUGGCAGCCAGAAGGUCGCACGGUCGAGCAGGACAAACUCUCCCAGCGAUUCGUUCUUGUGAACGUCCUGUUCGAAAGUGCGAAGAAUAUCGAGGGUAUCAGGCCAGUUAGAGUGAUACGCUUCAUGAUUACCGGGGACGAAGAGCACAGCGCGGAGUUGAUGGAGCUGGAGGGUCAAAAAGGCAAGAUAGUCGUCCUUGUGGAUCGUAAUGUUUCCCACAUCGCCAAGCAGCGCCAGGUAGGGCGCCUUUGGGACGAUCUUGAAGACAUCGUAGCCUUUUGGAGCCUCCAAAUGGAGAUCGGAGAGAAUCCGGACCGCCACAGCGAGGGAGGAUGGUGA